UUGCCUAAACCCGCACUACACUUUCAAAACCCUAGUUUAUCCAAAACUGCUGUCGACUUCGCCGCUGCCGCCACAGAAAUGCCGCCAAAGUUCGAUCCUUCCCAGGUCGUGGACGUCUAUGUCCGAGUGACGGGUGGUGAAGUGGGUGCAGCGAGUUCGCUGGCACCGAAGAUCGGUCCGCUGGGUCUCUCCCCGAAGAAGAUCGGUGAAGACAUCGCCAAGGAGACCGCAAAAGAUUGGAAGGGUUUGCGGGUCACCGUGAAGCUAACCGUUCAGAACCGGCAAGCCAAGGUGGCGGUGGUGCCGUCCGCCGCUGCGCUGGUUAUAAAGGCCCUGAAGGAGCCCGAAAGGGACCGUAAGAAAACAAAGAACAUCAAGCACAACGGUAACAUCUCACUCGACGACGUCAUUGAGAUUGCCAAAAUUAUGCGGCCCAGGUCCAUGGCCAAGGAUUUGAGCGGAACCGUUAAGGAGAUUCUUGGAACUUGUGUUUCUGUUGGAUGUACUGUGGACGGCAAGGACCCUAAGGAUCUGCAGCAAGAGAUAACUGAUGGAGACGUUGAAGUCCCUCUCGAAUGAUCCAAUUCCAGGGUAAAAGACGAAAAAAAUGCAAUGCUGGUGAAGGAAAGGAUGUAACAUUUUAGUACCGAAAGCUUUAUUUGUGGUGUUGAGGUUCUUUUUUAGUUGAUGGUGUUGCAUUAUGGUGGAGAAAUCCCCAGCUUUGCCAGUUCAUUCUUUCAUUCCAGUUCCAAAACGGAACGUGCGGUACUUGGAAAUUUGGCCUUGCAUCAGGGUUUACGAAUUUUUUUUUCCCUAGUAAACUACCAAAAACAGUUUUUGAUCAUACAUUGUUGAUGGUUCGAAUGUGU